AUUAAGUACUUCAUAUAUUAGGCACAGCUGUUGUAACGAAGUAACACUGGAAUAUUUUAAGUGUCAACACGUACAAAAUGCAGUGUGAAUGAAGUAUAUGUUAUAAUUAUGGUUCAUGUAACCACAACGCAUGUCUAAAACAAAAGCCAUAUAGCCAUUCCAUUUAGUUGCUAACAGGAAUAAACGUGUCUAUUUGGAGACGUAGGUGUAGACACUCUUGUCAUCUAUUCUGAAUAGACCCUCAUAGUCAAAGCACACAGGCGUGCAAACAAGUAGCAACAUCUGACUAGUCUAACAGUUAUUAACGAUAUAAGCGAAAAUGAUAACGACAGCGGUAACGAUAGUAAUAAUCCUAGAAGCCAGGCCAUUUUUUUCCAUGUUUGUCACACUUCAAUGUUUCAGCUCAAACAAAUUGUAAUAUUAUGGCGAAAAGAUCCUUCCCAGGACUGGCUGGCCAACCAAAAUGACGACUCAGAGACGACUCAUCCAAAAGGUCACACAAAACCCACAUCAUCCAAAGAACUGCAGGCCGUGCUUGCCUCAGUUAAGAAAACAUCUUGAUGAGCCCCAAGACCUUUGGGAAAAUACUGUGAUGUGACAAGACCAAAAGAUUUGGAAGAUGACGCUCCAAUGACAUUAGGGUGCAUUGCCUAUCUUCAAACCAGGGGGCGUACUGACUCACUGGAGAAGAAGACGUGCAAGUGUAUGCAGCAGGCAGUCAGAUUAUGAGCACAAGAUGAAGCUGGUGCUGUACCUUUUCGUGUGUUUUUGGGGAAAUUUUGAAUGGAUCUUCGUUGACUCAGAGGACACGCCGACUUUUGGAUCAAAAAAUAUUCCCAGACUUCUGACCAAAGAUGUCAUCAGUGGAGGUUUUGUCUACCCAGUCCAUCAGAACCAUACCAUUUUAUUUUAUCAUGAAGAGUCUGGGGACAUCUAUGUUGGAGGGACUGAUUUUGUGUUAAAACUUGACUUGGAUGGCUAUCAGACCACAAAGGAAUUCCAUCUGGAGGCCACAAGGGAUGAGCAAUGCCAAGAGGACCUCUGUCAUUACGUCAUCACCGUCAUCGAAAGGAUUGAGGACAUCCUGUUUGUCUGUGGGACCAAUGGUCACAGCCCACACUGCUGGAAGCUUGUGAGUUCUUCUCCGUCUCCUCGCAUAUUGGAACAUAAUGACGGGACAGGCAUCUCUCCGUUCAUGCAUACACAGAACUCGCUGUCUCUCAGAGUCGAGGGGGAUCUAUAUGCAGCAGCUCCACUGGAUGCCGAUGGAAGUGCCUUGCAGUUUAGAAGGAAAGCAGGCAACAGGGCCAAUGUCUGGAUGUAUGACAGUUGGGUCUCAGAGCCGACAUUCGUCUCUGCAUCCUGGGUGAAGCGGAAAGACGACCCAGAUGAUGAAAAGAUUUACAUUUUUUUCCGUGAAAAGAACUCUGACCACAACCCAGAGGCGGAUCCGUGGAUUUCCAGGGUGGCCCGAGUUUGUAAGAUAGACGAAGGCGGAUCAAAAAGAUUUUUCCAGAACACAUGGACAUCAUUUCUGAAGGCUCGGCUGGUAUGCGGAUUCCCGGAGGAGUCCCUGUACUUCAACCGCCUGCAAGACGUCUAUGUGCAGCAUGCCGAGGACUGGCGCGACACGAGAGUCUAUGCCCUCUUCACGAGUAGCUGGAACGCCACUGCUGUUUGCAUUUAUUCAAUAAAGACCAUUGAAGACAUUUUCAACAACUCCACCUUCAAAGGCUAUGACAAAGCUACUCCACAACCAAGGCCAGGCACAUGUGUAAAAAAUAGCCGCAGCUUGCCGUUGGCUACAGUCAAUGUGGUGAGGGAUCAUCCCGAAAUGAGCGACUGGGUCCACUCCAUCCACUCCAAAACCCCUUUUUAUGUCAGCAACAACAACUACACCAAGAUACUCGUGGACCGUGUCCAAGCAGUGGACCAGAACGUGUACAACAUUCUGCUACUCGCUACUGACUCCGGAAAGAUCCAUAAGAUUCUCGAGGCCGGUUCUGAACCGUUCAUCAUUUCCGAAACACACAUCCCAAGUCAGUCCACCAUACAGUCAAUGAAACUGGACUCCAAAAAGAAAAAGCUAGUGGUGAGUUUUGCAGAGAAAAUAUCGGUGGUGGACCUUCAGAGUUGUCAAGAAUAUAACAAAUCGUGUGCAGACUGCAUCCUAGCCCGGGACCCGUACUGUUCCUGGACUGCAUCAGGAUGCGCCCCGACUGUCCCUGAAGGGAUUCAAAAUAUUCUAGAUGGGCAAACAAGGGUGUGCCCUACAACAGUGUCAGACCACACUCAAGUAAACCGGUCCAGACGAGACGCUGCACCGCCUGUAAAUGCGGAUUUGCUAACACUGCCAGCUGUACCCAUGGGUGUUCCUUUUUACCUGUCGUGUCCCAUUGACUCCUACCAUGCCGUCUACACGUGGGAGCACAGAGACCAGAGCAGCCCGUGUCUGCAAAUGCACACCAACUGCCUCUUCCUCAUUCCCUCCGUCACCCCAGAGAGCUACGGCAGCUACCAGUGUGUUUCCAAGGAGAGAGACUACGUCAGCGUGGUGAAGCGAUAUCAUCUCAUGCAGCAAAUCAACCAUCCAACCAGGACUGAUCGAGGUAAAGCAUCAGCUGUAGCGGCGGAGGUAGUCUGCGUUGUGCUAGGACUUAGCUUUGCCUUGUUGAAUGCUCGCUGACCUUAAGUUUAAGUUAUUCUUAUUCUACUGAAAAUGUGGCUUAGCCAGUCCAAGCUUAGAUAAACCACUACGGAACCUCCAAAGUUGUUGAACACUAUUUAACUAAAGGGAACAUUGUAAUAGAAAUAAUAAGUCGACCACUCGUACAUUCCAUUCUUAUUAUUUUGAUUAUGAUAUCAACUUGUGUGUGAGUUACCCAUAUUGUGCUGAGUAGCCUGAACGGAGUGGCGCCUACUGAACAACCGUGGGGCGAAUUUGCUUAAGCAGUAAAGGGACAGAGUCAGUACAAAAUGGUUCACUUUUCAUGUAGGUUACAUCCUUUAUUGUACUGAGCAACCAGGACCGCUUUCUGAUGUUGAUUCCAGUUCAUUGUAUUUUUCUUCCUGUUCUGUGGUAGCAUCACUUACUAGAUAUGACCUCAUGCGUGGAUUAAUUCCAUAUUAUACGACCGUUAUGGUUAGGGUUGGGCAUCGAGUCUCGGGCAUUGAUGUGAACUAGCGUUCCGAUUCACCGGGGAUUGUUCAAAUGUUUUUAUUCCGAUAACCAUUUCACCAACCAGACGAAAUGGCUCCGACCAGUUUGGCUUAACGUCAUAUAAAAAGAGUCGGAACACAUUUUCACCACCACAACUUCAUGGAAAGAAGGAUGCACAAUCAACAUGAUUAAUGUUCGCACAAUUAUGAUGUGGAAAAUAACAAAGUACCUCGUCUUCGAUACGCUACGUUGGACUUCCUCUUAGCAAUCAGAAUCAGGGAAGUUAAACAAAUAAAUGACGUCUGUCUCAUGCCAAUAUAACUCAUGGUUUCAGGAUGUGGAAGUUAGGUGUAAAUAAAGGACGGGAGCUAUGGCUACGGCUGGGCAACCUUUAUUUACGGUUCUUUGGACCUUCUCAAAUCACACAACGCAGUUCCGACCUUCAAAAUGAGUGGGGCUAUAUCCUGUUUACUUAAGUUAACAAAAUAAAGCAAAUAUAUAUUAAUUCACAGUAAAGUUGAUUAAAAAAAGUUAAUAUCAUUACACAUUUAAUUAAGUUCAGACAUUAGUUAGUGGUCGGACACAAUCGGGAGAUGAGGAAGACCUGGGUUCAAAUCUCCACUUGGGCAUCUCUGUGUGGAGUUUGCAUGUUCUCCCCAUGCAUGUUUUCUCUGGGUACUCCGGUUUUCCUCCCACAUUCCAAAAACAUGCAUGCAGCAUACCUACGACCCUAGUGAGGAUAAGCAGCAUAGAAAAAAAUGCCCUUUGAAAGCAUUAGGAUCGAGAAUCAUUACAACCUGGAAUCGGAACUAGAAUUGUUGAAAUUCAAACGAUGUCCAACCCUAGUCACAAUGUCUGACUUUGGAGGUUCCACUACAAAGUAGGCCACAGGGAUAACUGGAGGUUGUGUUUGCUCUAUGACUUUAGCUGCUACGGAAAAUAACUGACAAUAGCGUUAACUACAAGUGGACCGUUAUUAUUUAAACAAUAGCACUGACAUGCUUGGCCCAGCCGAUGAAUGUAUGUACUAAACACUAACACUACUAGCUGUCUAUACUGCAGUAUCUCACAAAGUGAAUCCAGCCCUCACAUUUAAGCAAACAUUUAAUGAUGUCUUCUCAAUGGAUGACGACUACAGGUGAAACUAAUGAAAUAAAACUUUAGAGUAGUCAUUGUACAGCUUGUAUGGCAGUAUAGGUUUGCUACAUAUUAUUGUCUAAAUAGCUGGCUACAAAUGUAAAGUCUUCAGUCUAACAUGGUGGUAAUGUCAUCAUUUGGGGCUGAAUGAGGGCUGCUGGCACAGGGGAGCUGCGGUUCACUGAGGGGAAAAAUUUCAAUGACAUUUCUGACCACAGUUUGUUCAUAAUGAGGUGUGCACACAGCUUUUUAGACGCUAUUGGCUGUGUUUAGUCAUUUUCAGUUCAACGUUUAGUAUGUCCAAGUGUGAUAGUAUUGUCUCUUGAGAAGACAGAAUAAAAAUGUUUGCUGAAAUGUGAGGGCUGGACUCACUUUUAUAGGACACUGUUGGUUGCUACGUCCAUGACAGAGAGGCCAGUCUGAUAGUAUUGUCUCUUGAGAAGACAGAAUAAAAAUGUUUGCUGAAAUGUGAGGGCUGGACUCACUUUUAUAGGACACUGUUGGUUGCUACGUCCAUGACAGAGAGGCCAGUCUUUCAUAACAAGCUUGAAUAGCAUCCACAUGAUUUUUGAAGGUGAAACUGAAGGAAUCCCAUUGUCUGUGUGUGUGUGUCUGUGUGUGUGUGUCUCUGUCUGUCCUCUGUCCUCUGUCCCCCAGCUUGAUCCACACAGUGAGUCAGUGCAGUGUUGAGGCGUGCACAUGUUGAGGCAAGUGAUUUAGUCCACAAGGUCCCCCUUUGGAGAGGGGCUCUAGUGUAUUGUGUGCGGAUGGGUGGAGUCCUUCCCUGUUUUGUUUCCCCUCCCACCACCACCACCUACCUCUACUGAGAACAACAACCGACUGUCAGACAAGCCUUUCAGAAGUGUGCAAUAGAACAACCUUGAGAGUUGAGUAGACAACCUUUAACCUCUAGAAAUGAUAUAUUUAAGCGUACUGUGUUGGCCAAAAGUCUGAGACCACCCCAACCUUGUUUUCACACAGGAAAACAGAAACAAUUAGACGCAUUACACUCAAAAUACAAAACGAUUUCCACCUAACUUUGUCAUCAAAGGAACAGUCCACUACCCAUAAAAUGGGGUAUAAACCAAAUUGAAUACUGGGCUAAGACUUUUGCACAGUACAGCACUUAUAUAUAAUUUCAACUCCCAUUGAUGAUGUUUAUGGCACUGUUUAUUGUAUAUUUAUAUUUGUAGAUCAUUGCAUUAUACUUUAUAUUUAUUUGCCAAUUACAUUUUUGGUACAAAUCUUUAUUGCAUUUAGUUUGGCUUUUGACUCAGCAUUGUGUUCCAAUGAAAAUCAUUUAUCUUCCAAAAUCUUUAAUAUUUUUAUCCAAAUAGUCAAAGAGAAAAUAUAAAUUCUUUUAGUCGGCGAUGUUGUGUCCUGUUUUUAUACAAAUUUAUAUUUUUAUAACAAUCACAUUAAGUUGAUUUGCAUGUUGUUGCAAUAAAACAUACAAGAUCAAGAUACAAACAAGAUCAAGACUGCUUCUUCCAC